UCUUCCGCGAGUGUUUAAACAUUAUCAUACUCGCGCGAGUACGUCUUUUCUUCCUCAGAACUUUCUCCUCUCUCUCUAUAAAAAUUGCCGGCUGUUGCAUUUUCUUUACUCUCUUGUCUCUGCUUCCCGACAGCAAUUUCUUCUCAUUUUCGAGAACAUUUGUUUAAAGAUUUUUUCUAUAUAUUCUUUGAAGAUAUUAAUCAGAAAAAUGGCGCUGGUUUCUUUCAUCGGAAGGGUUCUUUUUGCGUCAGUGUUCAUCCUCUCUGCUUGGCAAGAGUUCAAUGAAUUUGGCGUCGAUGGUGGUCCAGCGGUGAAGGAGCUGAGGCCAAAGUUCAACGUCUUCUCAAAGACUGUGUCGUCUCACACAUGGUUGCAAGUGCCUGAAUUUGAUAUCAAGUAUGUGGUUGCUGCUGCUGUAGCCUUUAAAGGUGUUGGGAGUAUUCUCUUUACCUGUGGCAGCACCGUCGGAGCUUAUCUUCUGGUUUUGCAUCAACUCAUUCUUACUCCCAUUGUUUAUGACUUCUACAAUUACGAGAAGGAGAAGAAAGAAUUUGGCCUUCUUUUUACGAAGUUCUCACAGAACUUGGCGCUGUUAGGGGCAUUGCUGUUCUUCAUUGGCAUGAAGAACUCAAUCCCCACAAGACAACUGAAGAAAAAGGCUCCGAAAACCAAAACAGUUUGAAGACGUAACACGUCCGGUUAAAACCGAAGAGGGUCUGGUUUUUCUCGUUCGAUCUUAAUUUGUAUACCUCGGUGAAACUAGAUCUGUUUCUGUAUGCUUGUAUCAAGGCUUUGUUGUUCUUUCGAAGUUCAUAGCUAUUUAAUUUGAGUUCCACAAAAGGAUUUCAUAA